GCGCGCGGGGGGUGCAAAAAUCUAUUGAGUUCAGCUUACCUCAAGCUCAAGUGUUCUACAUCUCUUCGAGAAAUAAAUUCAUCCUUGUAAAAACAACAAAUCUUUCGCUUUCUCCUUUUAUGCCCAGCUGUACUCCAAUUUAGUGCCACAAUUAUUCCGAUCUCCUCCUGAUCCGGCCUAACAACGGAAACAACUACGCCGGGCCCAAAUUUCCACAUGGCGAUUCGGCAUGUUGAGGACAGCAGCAAACCAAGUUGAAGAGCAUUUUGACGACCACUCCGAUGAUAAAAUACAGUAAAUUUGAGAUAAAUAUUCAAUAAAGAAAAAAUGCAGAUUUUUAACGAAGAAAUUGACGAGAUUUCUUCAGGUAAAAGACAAAUUUCCUAACAUCUCAAGUGUCAGAUCUAAGAUGGGGUCACAACAAGGUCGCGCAUGUGUUGCACGUUUUCCGCUCUAACUUUUGAUUGGCACAUAGAACAAUGCUGAAACUUGGCAGUGAGGUAUAAGACAGGGGAAUGGGGAAAAUAAAGCUAAAAAAAGUUGUUUUUGUCACGUUUCUCACUGUUUUUUUUGGCGAUUUUUGGAUUUCGGCCAAUCAGAACGCUUGAUUUAAUUGAAAUUAAUGAUUAAAAGUUAGCACCUUUUAAUGACUUUUGCCGUUCGCCUGCCUACCUCUUACACGGACCAUUACUUAAUCCCCAAAAAAUCCCAUGCGGAAUUUCCCAGCCAUUAAAAUUUCCAGAGAACAUGAAAUGAUUAUUAUAUCUAUCACAACUCUUCAUAUUUUUGUGAAUACCCCAAAAAAUAAUCUCUACAAUACUUCAAUCAAGCUGCCCAAAGAAAUAAUUGCCAAAAUUUUCCUUAUUACCUUGACUAGUAAAAAGAUCAAAAUAAAUGGAACUCUUGUAAAGAGGUUUUUUGUGUUAUAGUUGAUGAUCAAAUGGGUAGGUCAAUCAGAUUAUUCAGCUGACUCCCAACACCACCCACCCAGCUGGAGGGGGCUGGGAAUGGCCACUUCUACAAGAUGCCAUAUCAAAGGGGGUCAAAAUCUGAUAACAGAUUACAGUAUUAUGCAAAGCCAAGAGGCUCUUGGACUCAUUGUAGAACAUCCCUCCCCCCGGCAGGGCAGGGGGGGUACUCUGGAUGUCAAGUGACAGGGAACAGGGAUGAUCGAAGGACUUUUUUGGCUUUGAAAUUGUCAAUUUCAGAGUAUUUUGGGACAAAUGUUUUGAGUGGUAUGACCCAAAAGUGGUUGUAGUGUAUAGAAUUUGGAGGGUAGUGAGUUCGAUUCUGGCCUGGAGCUCAGAAUUUUUCUGUACUUUUGGAUGAUAAGUGGUUUUCACUUUCUGUUUUAAUUAAAAGACCAAGUUUUUGAUAUUGUUGAUUUGCCAACCAAAAUUUUUUUUUCCCGCAAUAAUUGUUUUAACUUUUUCCAUAAUCGAUUAUUGUGUCACAAUACAGUCAGACAGCAAUUUAUUGAUGAUUGGAACACCACUACUCUAAGGCUUUCACCAUAGAUUUCACUUGGAAAGGUGUACCCUAGUGUUUUUAGGAUAUCUUUUGAGCCAAAAAAGUAAAAAACUAAGUUAGAUCUUAAGUUGAUUAUUGUUUUAGGGCUUUUUUAUUCUAAGUCUGCAAUGAGUUCUAACUUGAAUUUUAUAUCUGUUUUGAUGUCCAUAAGGUAUACAUUGCAGAGAUUUCGCCAGCAAGGUUACGUGGUAUGCUGGGUUCUGUUAACCAGUUAGCAGUCACAGCAGGCCUUCUAUUGUCAUAUGUAAUGGGUGUUGUGUGUCACUGGAAAUGGCUGGCUCUCAUUGGUGCUAUUUCUCCUGCCCUGCUUGUUGUUCUUAUGUUUACCAUGCCAGAGACGCCACGCUGGACCUUAGGGAAGAACAGACGGAGUGAUGCACUAAAAUUUCUGCUUUGGUUACGGGGCCCUGAUGUUGACAUUGAAGAAGAAUGCUUUGCAAUUGAAGCUACUUUAGGUAGAUCAAAUAAAAUAUUUUCUCUAUUUUAUAUAAUAAAUUAUUAGUUUCUGUUUUCAUUUAAGGAGGGCAACCCCAGUUUAUGACAGAUAAUUGAAUUGUUUUCUUUUCUUUUAAUUUUUUUUACACCCAGCAGUAAGCUGUUUUAUCAUCAUCAUGGUCAUAAUAUUGAAGUAAACAGCAAAAUUUCAACCCUUUGUAAUUUCAUUAUAGAUAUUUUUGAUUAUUUGUGGCAAUUAUUUUAAACAUUACUUUCUUUCAGAGUGGCUGUAAUCUACCAGUUGUUGUUUCUUUUUUGGAAGUUUUACAUCUUUCAUCCAAUUACUUUGAUGGUUGUUAGAAUUAAUUCUUGUUUGCUUCACAGAUUGUCAGGAGAAACCCUCAUUACGUGAAUGGUUGUCACCUGUUAUAGCAAAACCUUUGAUCAUCAGCAUUGGAUUAAUGUUUUUCCAACAGUUCUGUGGCGUUAAUGCAGUUCUCUUCAAUGCUGCGAGUAUUUUUAGUCAGGCUGGAUUUAAAGAUGGCAAACUCGUUUCCAUUGCACUUGGCUUGGUCCAGUUCGUUGGCACUGGUUUAGCAUGUUUGGUCAUGGACAGAGCAGGACGACGAAUCCUGCUGUUAAUCAUGGCAAUAGGCAUGUCAGUCACUCUUGUGGGCCUUGGCUUUUAUUUUGAAGUCUAUAUUCCUCCAAAAAAUGAAACCUCCUCGGCUGAUGCCGUGUCUCUGGUUGGUUCCAUAAACCACUCUGUAGAAGCAUCAAAGAUCAGCUGGCUGUCCAUAUUGUGUUUAGUUUUGUUUAACCUCUUUUUUGCCCUAGCUUGGGGUCCAGUUCCAUGGCUUGUCAUGUCAGAAAUAUUUCCCCUUCGAGCUCGUGGCCCAGCUACAAGUAUUGCCACCAUGGCCAACUGGCUACUUGCUUUUUUGGUCACCAAAAUGUAUGAUCCCAUGGUUGCAUCUCUGACCAUCCAAGGAACAUAUUGGUUUUUUGGAGGGUGCUCUUUCGUAGGAUUUAUAUUUGUGUACUUCCUCAUGCCAGAGACAAAAGGAAAAACAUUAGAAGAGAUUGAAGUUUUGUUUGACAAAGGCAGACAUUCUUAUCAGCGGAUUGAUUGAAGUCAUCAGGAAGACUUUAAUAUUUCUUUCCAGGUCUAGCCUCCCAUGCACAAAAUUGCUUAAUUUAAGGAAACUUUCUCUCAUAUUUUCUUGUCAAUUCGUUGUACAAAAGCAAACAUUCAGUAAACUUUCAUCAGGGGAUCGACUGUGGUGACCUGUGCACGUUGCAAAGUGCUGUUUACUUGCAGACAAAAUUGCCUAGGAAUAAUUAUUUAUUUCUUCUAUUGUUUGUCAAAAUUAUAUUAUUGCGGACGCAUAUAAUUAAGGUGAAAAGAACAGUAGUCUGAAACAAAAUUGCCUAGUAGGAAUAUUUAUUUCUUGUAGUGUUUGUCAAAUAAUUACUGAACAACGCAUCUUCAGUGGAAAAUACAGGUGGGAGUCUUCAUCUCAGUGGUCAAAACUUGAAGAGUUAAUCACUCCAUAAGACUCAAAAGUUGGAACUGUAAAAGUUGUAUCACAAUAGGGAUUACUUUAUCAAAAUAAUGUACAACAAGACAGGGUUGUCGCUAAGUUUGCAAGUUGCUGAGUAAAUACAACAAGUAGGCAGGGAAUCAAACAGCUAGAGGUUUCUUUUGGUUCUAUUAUUCCUCUAUUUUCCAAUGAAAGUAACCGGGGGCCACAUUUAUCGCAUUCCUUGACCCGUCGAGCUCUUAACGACAGCCCUGUGAGUUUUGCUUUACCAUGUGGUUUUUUGACUUGAUGAAACAUGAAUUGCUUGUUUGUUUGAGAUCUGUU